UUCCUUCCACAAAAAGGAAAAAAAACUCCAAAAACACACGCUUGUGAAUUGUGACCCUUCCUUCUGUCAUGGAGUGGGUAAGAGGGCAGUGUAUUGGAUCCGGCAGUUCUUCUAGGGUUCAUCUUGCAACCCUCAAACAACAUCCUUCGGUGCUGGCAGUGAAGUCUUGCGCAGAAUCUGACUCUAGUCUACUCGAGAACGAGAGGGAAGUUGUCACGGAGCUUGGUUAUUGUCCACAAAUCAUCCAAUAUUUCGGCGACAGCCAUACCGUUGAAGAAAAGAACGAGCGUCUAUACAAUCUGUUGUUGGAGUACGCUAAAGGAGGCAGUUUAUCACAAAAACUCAACAAAUUUGGCUGCUUUCAAGAGCGAGAUGUCAAAGAUUAUGCAAGAUCGAUUCUUAAGGGUCUGCGUCAUAUCCACGCCAAGGGUUUUGUUCACUGUGACUUGAAACUUGAUAACAUAUUGUUGUUUGAGAAUGAGGAAGUAAAAAUUGCAGAUUUUGGGUUGGCAAGGAAAGCAGGAAAGGCACAGGGGAGAGCGGAAAUUAGAGGGACUCCUCUAUACAUGGCCCCCGAGUCAGUGAAUGACAAUGUGUACGAAUCAGGGGUUGAUAUUUGGGCCCUUGGGUGUGCUGUUAUUGAGAUGUUGACAGGGAAACCAGCGUGGAGUUGCAAACCAGGGACCAAUAUGUUUGUAUUGUUGAUCAGAAUUGGGAAAGGUGAUGAAUUGCCAACAAUACCUGAAGAAUUGUCCCAACAAGGCAAAGAUUUUCUGUCUAAGUGUUUUGUCAAAGAUCCUAAACGAAGAUGGACUGCUGACAUGCUUCUGGAACAUCCUUUUGUUGCUGAUCAAGGGAAGGGCACUGUUCCAUUGAGAGAAGAAAUUGAAGUGUCAUCAACUUCACCAAGAUGCCAUUUUGAUUUCCCAGAUUGGGUUUCAAUUCAAUCACCAUCACCUAGAUCAGAGUUUUUGUCCGAUGAUGGAGUGGGAUUAGUCUUUCCUUCAUUAAAUUCUUCUUCUUGGAUCUCAGCUUCAGAUAGAAUCCGGCAACUGGCGAGUGAUCAAUGUUGCAAUUGGUCGGAUUCUGGAUUUUGGGUCGCUGUUAGGUGAGCCAGAGUCAAAGCAGAGAAGGAGAUGCAAGCAAUUGGGAAGAUAACUUUUCAUUAACAUCGACCUGUUGAUAUUAUUCAUUUCAUUUUUUUUUUACAGUCAUGAUUGGAGGCUCAACGGGUUGAGCUCACUGUACAGAUUUUUCUAAUUUUUUUGCCUUGAAAUACAAUUUAAUUGCUUCACCAAGAAA